AGAGAUCGGAAGAUCAAGAGGAGCAUCAGUGUUGGUGUUUACAUAUCAGCGCCACGCGGCUAGCUAGCUCCCCGCCCACUUUAUGCAGCCGGAGCCGCCCAGCUAGCCUAGCCCCGCGCUAGCGGAUCAUGCUUGCUAGUUCUGAUAUGCUGCAGUCCUGCGGGCAGAUCCGCCAGCUCUCUUGUUCCCAAAUUCGGAAUUCACUUUCUUUUCUUGAUCUCAAUUAAAAAUUCAUCAAAAUGUUGCAAGGUUAUGAUCCAGUUACUCAGUCUUUAUUUGGUACUUUGUUUACAUGGGGGUUAACAGCCGCUGGAGCUGCACUGGUGUUCGUCUUUACGAGUGGAAAGAGGAAAAUUCUUGAUGGCAGUUUAGGGUUUGCUGCUGGGGUAAUGAUAGCAGCAUCAUAUUGGUCUCUCCUUGCCCCAUCUAUCGAGAUUGCAGAAACCAAAGGAUACAACAAAUGGUCUUUCAUGCCAGCUGCUAUCGGAUUCAUAUUGGGGGCGCUCUUUGUUUAUGCAGCAGAUGUCUUUCUUCCCAUGCUUGGGGUUUCAUCACCGAAUGUUGCCUUGGCUUUACAGUCAGAGAACAAACUUCAUGCGGAAUACGGAGACGACCUGGAUGUUACCACGGUAACACAGAAUAUGGACGAAGAAACGCCAGAUACAUCGACCGUGACCCAACGCAGAAAACAGGGAGGGGCUAACUCCUCGGUGACUGUCCAGUUUUCCAACGGCGAUACCAGUCUGCCUUCAUCACCUCGAGACAGAGCUGCGGAGAGAAGCUCCGUGAUGUGGAAGAGAAUCCUACUCCUCAUCAUUGCCAUCACAAUACAUAACAUUCCAGAGGGUUUAGCCGUUGGUGUUGGAUUCGGAGCGAUAGGAAAAACACCCUCAGCUACGUUUGAGAAUGCAAGGAAUUUAGCGAUUGGUAUUGGGAUUCAAAAUUUCCCAGAAGGCCUUGCUGUUAGUCUUCCCCUCCGAGGCUCAGGGUUCUCUAUAUGGAGAAGUUUCUGGUAUGGCCAGCUGAGUGGUAUGGUUGAGCCCAUAGCAGGUGUUAUAGGGGCGCUGGCAGUCACCGUUGCUGAACCUAUCCUACCGUAUGCCUUGGCUUUUGCAGCAGGUGCCAUGAUCUACGUGGUAGUGGAUGAUAUCAUUCCAGAGGCACAUACUAGUGGUAAUGGUCGGCUAGCUUCCUGGGGCGCCGUCAUUGGCUUUGUGGUGAUGAUGUCUUUAGACGUUGGACUGGGUUAACACUCGCCUCCAGCUACGUUUGUUUUACUUAUUUAUUCUUCCAAGAGGUGGUACUUUAUUUGUCAAAUUUAAAAUAGAUCAGGACCCUGUCUAACAAAGAGUUGCAAUUAAUAAGAUUAAUCACAACUUUAUGGAAAUCCAUCAUUGUCAUAAUUUUUUUCUUUUGGAAAUUUGCUCAAUGUUCUUUGAAAACAAAGAGAAGCAUACUGAAUUGUCAAGAAAACAGUGACUGUAUGAAUAUAUGUCAUUUCUAGAAAAUAUUUUGAACAAACAUGUAUUUUAGAUGUUGACAUUGCUGGCUUGCCAUAGUUAAUGAUCGGAUCGAUCGCAACUCUUUGUAGGACAGGCCCCAUGGCCCUGUCUCACAAAGAGUUGCAAUUGAUAAGAUUAAUCACAACUUUAUGGAAAUCCAUCAUUGUCAUAAUUUUUCCUUCUGGAGAUUUGCACAUUGUCCUUUGUACACAAAGAGAAGCACACCGAAUUGUCACGGCAAGAAUGAGUGUUUGAGUAUACAUCAUUAUCUGGAAAACAGUUUGAAUAAAAAUGCAUUUGAGAUUUUGGAAUUUGCUGGCUUUCCAUAGUUGUGGUUGAUCAGAUCAAUUGUAAUGCUUGGUGAGACCUGACCCAGGUCUUAUCACGAAGUCCUCUAAGGGUAAGUCCACCCCGACAAAAAUUUGAUUUGAAUAAAAACAUUAAAAAGUCAACCAAGCAUAAUGCUGAUUGAAAUCCUUUUAAAGUUUCAUUUAUUUUUCACAAAACAGUUAUAUGCACAACACAGUGAUAUGCAAAUGUCACUCACUUUUUUUUAAAUUUUAUUGUAGGAAAUCUAUAAUCUUUUGAAUUUUUGCAGAUUUUACAAUAUGGAAGCAUCUUCUAUAGGUUGCAACAAUGGCAAUUCCACAUUUUCAGGGAAAAUCAAAUCUUAUUUUACCUUAUAAUGAGUAAACAGUUAGAUACAUGUACAUGUAUAUCAUAUACCAUAUUAUAAAACACAAAAGAAAUAGUGAGUGGUUGACAUUAUUUGUUCCAUCAUUUGCAAACUGAAAAGAAUGUGAAUAUAACUGUUUUUAUGAAAUUACUUUAAAGCAUUACAACUUUCUCAUUUUACAUCUGACUUUGUUAAAAUUGUCAGUCUUGUGCUAGUUUGAUUUGUUUCCCUUUUAAUUCAAAUAAAUUUUUGCUAGGGUAGACUUACCCUUUAAGACAUUGAAUGCAUCAUGUGAAAGCAGAAUUUUAAAGAUUGUUUGUUAGUAUGAAGUCUUCCAAAAUAUGAUUGUCAACAUUUUUAUGAAUGAAUAAUUAUGUUUUGAGAAUUCAGUAUUAGCAAUCUGUUGAUUUCUUUUUUUAGAUAGUGAUAUGUUAGGGGCCCUGUAUUCUUGUAUAAGUUGUUUUAAUACCGUAAUCAUAGUGGAAAGGGUGCCAGCUGUCUCAAACUUACAUAAAUUCAAAAGUAAAAUGUCUUUGUAAAUUGCUUGCACAGGUAGUGCAUUGAAUUGUGACAUGUAGUUUGCAAGUCAUCGCAAAACUCUCCUUUAGUAAUGAUAUUUGUAUCUUUUGUAAAUUUUCAAUAAUCAUUCCUAAUUAAAAAACAUUUGUAGAUACCUUACUUUCGAAUUUGGUUAUCAAUUCAACAUAUCAAAAUUUCUUGCAAGAUGAUUAUUUUUUUUUUUCUUUAGAUUUCAAAUGUAGAUCUAAAUUUAUUUCAAAUUGCUAGAAUUCAUUAAAUAUCUCUGAUUCCUUUCAAUGAAUACUAUCGAAAUUGACAAGGACUGCCUACUUUACGUGCUACACCUUUUUAUCUAAGCCAAAGUAAUGACUUUAUUCUACUCUGCCCUAUUUCUAACAUCCUAUCUGAAAGACAAGGUCUUUUUUCUAUCUCUAUAGUAAGCCUAUGAAUGUGCAAUAAGAAAUUGAGUGUUCAAAUUGAUAUCAAUGUGCUCGUAAUUUUGUGAGUAAAUAAAUGAUUGAUUUAUGAUA